AGCGCUCUGUCAGUGUUAUAGCUUUGUUUAUAUAUACAUCCAAAACCCAGUUUGGGAAGUAGCAAUAGGCAGCUAACCAGACACUGAUUUUGAAGAAAGAUUCACUCGUUGCGUUCCAUUAUUCUUUCCCAUUUUGUACUUGUUCAAUCGUCUCAAACCUGAUUCAGAGGUUUGGGCGUUCGUUCAAUUUAAGUAGUUGAAAUGGGAGGAGCAGGUUUGCUGUCUUUUCUUGCAAUCUUGGCGUUUUGGAGUGUCUCUGUAGCAAGAGCAGAGGAUGCUUACAAGUAUUAUACGUGGACUGUCACUUAUGGAACUAAGUGGGUACUUGGCCCAGAAGAUCAGCAGAUCAUACUCAUCAAUGGUCAAUUUCCUGGUCCUACUCUUGAGGCUGUGACCAAUGAUAACAUAAUCCUCAACGUCGUGAACAAGUUGGAUGAGCCUUUCCUUUUGACAUGGAAUGGGAUCAAACAAAGAAAGAAUUCUUGGCAAGAUGGUGUGUUGGGAACUAAUUGUCCAAUCCCGCCCAACUCAAAUUACACGUACAAAUUCCAAACUAAGGAUCAAAUUGGAAGCUACACAUAUUUUCCAUCGACUAGGAUGCACAGAGCUGCUGGAGGUUUUGGAGCCCUUAAUAUCUAUGCUAGAUCGGUGAUUCCAGUUCCAUAUGCCAAGCCUGCUGGAGAUUUCACCCUACUUAUUGGUGAUUGGUAUCAUGGUGGUCACCAGAGAUUGCAGAAAAUACUGGAUUCAGGAAAACCCCUGCCUUUCCCUGAUGGAUUCCUUAUACAUAGCCAUGAUGGACCUACCUUCACUGGUGAUCAAGGGAAAACCUACAUGUUCAGGAUUUCGAAUAUUGGCUUGUCCACCUCUUUCAACUUCAGAAUUCAGGGUCAUAAGUUGAAGCUUGUCGAGGUCGAAGGGUCUCAUGUCCUUCAGAACAUGUACGAUUCUCUUGACGUCCAUGUGGGUCAAUCUGUGACUGUCCUGGUCACCUUGGAUCAGUCUGUAAGAGACUAUUACGUAGUUGCAUCCACAAGGUUCACAGAUACAGUCUAUGGUGCCACUGCAGUUGUGCACUAUAGUAACUCUGAGAUUCCCGUUUCUGCGCCUGCCCCAGAUGGUCCAACUACUGAAGUAGAAUGGUCUAUUGAUCAAGCUAGAUCGUUCAGGUGGAAUCUGACCUCGAAUGCAGCAAGGCCUAACCCUCAGGGUUCUUUCCACUAUGGGAAAAUAAAACCAUCGAGGACAAUCGUGCUGGCUAAUUCAGCACCUAUCAUCAAAAGGAAGCAACGAUAUGCCGUCAAUGGGGUCUCCCACAUCAACUCUCACACUCCUUUGAAGCUCGCCGAUUACUUCAACAUCUCCGGUGUUUUCCUCCUUAACUCCAUCCCGAGUGCUCCAUCUGGCAGUGGUGCCAAGCUAACAAAGGCUGUGAUGGGAGCUUCUCUCCAUGAAUUCAUCGAAGUAGUCUUUCAAAACAAUGAGGACACGUUGCAAUCGUGGCAUCUCGAUGGUUAUGAUUUCUGGGUUGUCGGAUUCGGAUCAGGACAGUGGACACAAGCUAGCAGGAAAACGUACAAUCUUGUUGAUGCCUUGACCAGACACACCACACAGGUAUAUCCCAAAUCUUGGACUGCUAUCCUAGUAUCAUUGGACAACCAGGGUAUGUGGAACAUGAGGUCUGCAAUAUGGGGAAGACAAUACCUCGGACAGCAAUUUUAUCUCAGGGUUUACAAUCCAACACAGAGUCUAGCCAAUGAAUACAACAUACCGUCUAAUGCUCUGCUCUGCGGUAAAGCCGUCGGCCAUAGACAUCCUUAGUUAGUCUAAAGAUUUUAUAGAGUGUUUAUUCUGUUUUCUGGUCAUGAGAGGUUGGCUGCUUUUAUACACAGGGAGUGAGAUUCUUGACUUCUUCAAUUUGUAUAUCAAACAUAUAAUUUAACAGUUUGGAUCAACUUAGACGCUCUUUGUAGCA